AUGGAUGAAGGUCGCAACGUGUGCUUGGUGUUUCCGGAGCUGAUCGAUUUGGCAGGCACCGAUGGGGAACAAUUGACACGGUCCAUCAUAUCUUUUACAGCAGACGUGUCGUUGAAGUCCUCGACGAAUCGUGUCUAUUUUGAUAUUUCGAUUGAGGCUGAACAGGCUAUAUUUGUCGAGACGCAUUGUUUGAAGCUUGGGUUCAGAUCUCCAGCUAACCCUAGCACACCAACUGUCAGAAUGGCUGACCCUCUUUCGGCGACAGCGAACGUAGCCGCUGUCAUCGGACUCAUUGAUGUAGUGUGCAGGGCGGGGAAGGAGAUAUAUGGGUUUAUAGCGGCUGUAAAGAAUGCGUCGAAGGAGAUCAAAGACCUACAAGGCGAGCUACAGGGCAUUGAGGGUAUUCUAUUGAGUACAAGACAAUGCUGCAAGAAACGGUUGGAUCGACUGUCAACUGCUUCUGAAGACUCUUCCGCGCUGCGUAGUAUCACCUCGACGCUCAAGAGAAUAGAGGUCGAAUACGCAACCCUCUCUGAGAUCAUUGCCAACACGAAUCGAACUAAGAAUGGAAGGACAAGGACAAAGACUACUCAAAGAUUAGUCGGGAAUAUCGCCUGGGUCAUGAAUGGGGAGAUUAGACGAUCGUGUGAAAGGCUGGAGAGAUACAAGUCCCAGCUUUGUGUUGAUCUUUUGAUACUCGGAAGCUUCAAUGAUCUUACUCUCUCCGACAAGCUUGAUGCGAUCAAAGGGAACGUGUUCUCCUAUGACCAUCACACAAAAGCUGGAUUUCAAUCACUCGAUCGCAGUCUAAAGGAUUUUACAGUUGCUACAAACGCUAGUCUCCAGAACCUGUCAUACAGGUUACAGGCGGAUAUCAAUAAUGCAUCGCAGGAAUGUGAACGUUCCUCCGAGUCAAUUAUAGAAUCUCAGAUGCAAAUACACGCGAAGUUAGAUUUGAUGACGGAGCAGCUCAUGGCUAUGGGUCGUGCAGUGGGUGGAGAUACAAUCGCGGUCUCCUAUGGCUGGGAAAACCAGAAAGAGAAGCUGCAAAGUGCGACGCUUCCUCUCAUGCUCCUGAAACCAAAACUUCGGGAGGCAUUGCUACAAUUCAUGGUUCGGAAUCAUGACCGCAUGGUCCUCUCUGUGGAGGAUGCAACAUGGAUCCGAUCAGAAUUCGAGGAUCUGCUAGCCACGUGUCAUGAGGCUGCAGCUGCGGCCACCAGAUUUCCACGAAGAGCAGCCAAAUCUAGCAAGCAAAAGGGUCGUUCAAUAGCGAGGAACCCGGAACUUUCUACGUCGCCCCCAUCACCUCUGUCGAUAAGUCAUAAUCUUGAUGGGAGGACCAAUAGCGAAGCAUACACAAGCAGGAAGACAAGCAACCGGUGUCUCCAGAAAAACACUCCAGUCGGCAAUUUCUCCGUCAGGCUAGAGUGGGAGAAGGAAAACUCCACAGGCCAAUACAGAGUCUCCCGGCUCUAUGUUCUCUUCGCGCCCGGUCGUGGUAUCGCUGACAGCGGACUCUUUGUCUCACUCUCACGGGCUCACCAUGGGCUUCCACAGCCAAGAAUCUGUCGGCACAUCUCUACCUACGCAGUUGUCGAUUCUUUGAGCCCACUCUUUACGUGUGUUCGGGAUAAUGAUAUCGUCCGGCUACGUGAUCUUCUCAGGAGGAGGAUUGCCACACCAAGAGAUCGCAAUAUAGACAAUGAAAGCAUCUUAUCGGUCAGUAUUUCUUUCUUUCCUCAUUUCAUCCCCAUUGUGACUCUGUACACAUCGCUGAGGCGGGACUCUAUUGGAUCAGAAGGCGCUGACCCUGUUAACUGUCGCUGGGACGGCGCAAACGCAAUAUACGACUUCAGCAAUGCAUUCUGGUUUAGGCAUAGCGACUACAAUAUACCGAAAGACACGACGGAAAGGCUACUUCGGGCGUUUGCGGCAGCUGGCUGCAAUCCAGACGCCUCUUCUUUGGGAGGAAGCCCAUUGCAUUUUACCGUCAGCCGCUCACUUGCAGGUUCCCGUAUAAUUAGUGAAGAUGAGAUCUGUGCCCUGAUCGAGAUGCUGCUUCGACUCGGGACGGAUAUCGAGCACCGAAAUGCCGACGGACUGACUCCCCUACUCUACAACACCGCAGUUCUAGGAUGGCAUGGUUAUGUGAUCCUCAGAGAACUGCUGAAGUGGGGAGCCAAUCCGCACGCUGUUACAGAUUUUGCAGAAAAUGCGCUGCACCUCGCCAUCGCAUUUGCCACAUGGCGUCUCCCUGAAGAGGAAUCGGUCGGUGAAGACGAUGAUUACUUGGUGGCCCGUCUGAUCAUUCUCCUGCAAGCUGGAUGCGAUCCUAGUCUGCUGGAUUGGGCAGGACACAGUCCGUCAGACUUUGCUCUAAGCAGCCCACGCACAUGGUUCCAGUGGUGUCUCGCCAUAGAACAGUCGGGAGUUACGGCUAUAGAUACCUUGCUAGAAGAGGAGCUUGACGCUACCUCUCUCCCAACAACCGAUACUGAAGAAAUCAAGGACCUGCCCGAAGAAACUGACGACUGGGAAACAUGCAGCAGUGACGAUGACGAGGAGAGCGCAGGACGUGGGGAACAGUUUUGCUUUGAUACGGACCAUAUAUUCUUCCGCAGGGAUUGCUUCUUCCCCUGGAGCGUUCCGCCACUCUGCAGAGACUGCGGACUUCAUUGUCGCCUUGAGGAUAUCAGUCGUAGAAAGAGAGACGCCUGGAACGUUUUCAGAGCUUUGAGAGCUUCUACAGGUACAUAUCAGCCGGUGGAUUCGUUCAAUGACUGUCUCUAG